ACGAAGCCGGAAGCGACUUUCCGCCGAGAAGUGAGGGGCGCGGGUUUGGAAACUGGGAAGCGAGUCUGAGACGGACGAAGGUGGUGAUUCCCUGCAUACCAGCCCUGCUCAGUUAACCAGGGACUCGAACAGUAACCUUUUUCUUGGGUUCUCUCUGCAACGUAUCACUGCCUCCCCAGUUCAGUGAUUUCCCUGAGCAUCCUCAGAGGACCGGAGCCUGGUGUGGGGGCGCGGAAGCCGCUUCUGAUCCGGCAAACGAGAAACCUUGGACGGUUCCACGCGGGUCCGUGCUUAGCUCGGCGUGAACGGUGCCUUCUCCCUGGACACCUGGUGGUCACGACCCUGUGGGUGGCUGCUCAUUGUGAAGACAGUGCUGUUUGUAGUUGGGAAAGAAAACUGCGUUCCCAGCAUCUCUCUCUUGAGGACCUAAACAAGGAAAAAAAUGCCUUUUUUCCCUAAAAUAUCUUUAAGACCUGAGGUUGAGAACUACCUUAAAGAGGGCUUUAUGAAUAACGAGGUUGUAUCUGCGUCAGGCAAAGAAGCAGCAGAAAGGAAGUUUGAAACUCUGUUAAAUCACCUGUCACAUCCUCCAUCUUUCACAACUGUUAGAGUGAAUACGCAUUUAGCCUCAGUUCAGCAUGUGAAAAAAAUGUUGCUUGAUGAACUUCAGCAGCAGUUUAAUGGAUUAAGUGUUCCUGUUCUUCUGCAUCCAGACCUUCAGGAUGUUUUACUUAUUCCUGUGAUUGGACCCAGAAAGAACAUAAAAAAGCAGCAGUGUGAAGCCGUCGUGGGAGCCCAGUGUGGCAGCGCGGUGUUAAGAGGAGCCCAUGUCUACGUUCCAGGGAUUGUGUCAGCUUCCAGCUUUAUGAAAGCUGGAGAUGUUAUUUCCGUAUACUCUGAUAUUAAAGGGAAAUGUAAGAAAGGAGCCAGAGAAUUUGAUGGAACAAAAGUGUUUCUUGGAAAUGGGAUUUCUGCACUAAGCCGCAAAGAAAUCUUCAGUGGACUCCCCAGACUGAGAGGUGUAGGCAUAAAAAUGACGGAACCCAUAUAUCUCAGCCCCUCGUUUGAUAAUGUACUGCCCAGUUACUUGUUUUUACAGAAUCUACCAUCUGCUGUAGUAACUCAUGUUCUGAAUCCUCAACCUGGAGAAAAGAUUCUAGAUUUGUGUGCAGCACCGGGAGGUAAAACAACACAUAUUGCGGCACUAAUGCAUGAUCAGGGAGAAGUAAUAGCACUGGAUAAAAUAGCCAACAAAGUAGAAAAAAUAAAGCAGAAUGCUUUAUUGUUAGGACUGAAUUCUAUCAAAGCAUUUUGCUUUGAUGGCACAAAGGCACUUAAAGUAGAUAUGCUGGAGGAUGCAGAAGGGGCACCUCCAUUCUUACCAGAGUCUUUUGACCGAAUUCUCCUUGAUGCACCCUGUAGUGGAAUGGGGCAGAGGCCAAACAUGGCUUGUACUUGGACUCUGAAGGAAGUGACGUCAUACCAGCCACUACAGCGAAAACUCUUUUCUGUGGCAGUCCAGCUGCUGAAGCCAGGAGGCACACUGGUGUAUAGCACAUGCACUAUCACCCUGGAGGAAAACGAAGAGCAGGUGGCCUGGGCCCUCGGCACAUUUCCUUGCCUUCAGCUUCAACCCCAGGAGCCACAGGUUGGAGGCGAAGGGAUGAUGGGAGCUGGCUUGUCAUGUGAACAGCUGAGGCAGCUACAGCGGUUCGAUCCAUCUGCCGCACCAUUACAGCACAUUGAUCUUGAGGCUCUCAGAGAUGUCAGAGCAGAAGACAUGAUCCAGCUGGCAAAUAAGGAUUGUAUAGGGUUUUUUAUUGCAAAAUUUCUAAAAUGGAAAAGCACACCAGAGAAAUGAAAAUUGCACAGCUUUGCUGUCUGUUUUGUACCCCCCAAACCAAAGUGUUGUCAGGCCAACUGAGUGAUGGCGUGGUUGCUAAGGAAAUGGAAGGCUGCCAGUGGCUUCACCAGGGAUCAGACACAGAGGAAUGUGUUGAGGGGGGUUAUGAAAUUCUGGAUAAUUUUUUCUUCCAGGAUAUAGAAGAGUAUAAAGAUAAAGCUACUUACAGAUGCAUGUAACAUUUUUAUUUGGGGGUCUUGUUUUAAUUUAUAAAU